CCGGAUGGAUUUUCAAUGGGAGAAGUGUCCCAGGACUUGUUGGGAGAUGACUUCAAAAGCCAAGGCUCACAUGUCCCUUAUAACAUAGCUGAUUUUUCAACACAGGCUUCUCAGAGUGGGUAUGCUGUUGAUUAUGUUACGCAAGGAGCACAGGGUGCAUUCUCAGGGAACUUCCUAAACCACAAUUCUCAAGCUGGAUAUUCUCGUUUUGGUUCUGGAUAUGAUUUCAUGUCUCAGGACUACAUGAAUCAUGGAUCACAAGGCUUGUUAACUCAGGUCGGCUAUAAUGACGCUUCACAUGAUGAUGCAUCCCAAAGCCACUUUGGCAUGUCUAGUCUCAACCAGCUUCAGUCCCAGGGCAUGAUGAAUUCUCUUUACUCCCAGCCCUUUUCCCACUACAACACACAACCACUGAACUUGCAGGCUCCUCAACAGAAGCCUCCGCAGGAGCAGGUUUCCCAAAACCAGAAACUUCACUAUAAUGGUUAAGAAUAAACAUGCAUGUGGACUUUGAUGGGUUAUAGUCUUUGGAAUCAGCAACUUGGUUUAUGCUGUCCUUGUUUGCCCGAACAAACACAUACUAUGAAGUUGAAAAGCGUUGUUGGUUUGAGGUCACCUAAAUUUCUGUCCAUGACCUGAAAGAUCGACGGUGGGAACAAAUAUAAAUGCAGUGGGAGUAAGAUGGCUGUGGCCGUUGGGACAAUGUGCAAAUAGUGGCAGUGCACCCAGGGCUGAGAAAGAAAAGGUGGAUAUAUAACCCCAAAUAUCUGCUUGGAGGUUUUGCAUUUGUUUUGAAGAAAUCAAGAGAGCAUUUACAUGGUAAGGUUUUGUGGAAAGGGAUGUGUUUAUAUGACAUAUGGGAUAAAACCCAUUACUGGUAGAGAGGCAGUUUGAGGUGAAAAUUUUGUACAGCGCGCUGGGGAAUAAUAUUGCCCG